AUGUUCAUUACUAACGAGCACGUAGGAGAUAGAACUCGUAUGGAAGAUUGGAGAGUACGUGGUUACGAUCCUUUAACUCCACCUGAUUUAUUACAACAUGAAUUUCCAUUAACUCCAGAAGCUCAAAAAACUAUCCUAAAAGGAAGAGAUGAUUCAGUAAAUAUUCUUAAUGGUAAAGAUGAUAGAUUAAUGAUUGUAAUUGGUCCAUGUUCUAUACAUGACCCAGUAGCUGCAUUAGAUUAUGCCGACAGAUUAUAUAAACUUGCUGAAUUGCAUAAAGGUGAAUUAUUAAUUGUUAUGAGAGCAUAUUUAGAAAAACCAAGAACUACUGUUGGUUGGAAAGGUUUAAUUAAUGAUCCUGAAAUUGAUGGAUCUUUUCAAAUUAAUAAAGGUUUAAGAAUUUCAAGAAAAUUAUUCGUGCAAUUAACUUCAAAAUUACCAAUUGCUGGAGAAAUGUUAGAUACUAUUUCUCCACAAUUCUUAUCUGAUUUAUUCUCAGUUGGUGCAAUUGGUGCUAGAACUACUGAAUCUCAAUUACAUCGUGAAUUGGCCUCAGGGUUAUCUUUCCCUGUUGGUUUCAAGAAUGGUACCGAUGGAACUUUAGGUGUCGCAAUUGAUGCCAUGAGAGCUGCUUCUCAUCCUCAUCAUUUCCUUUCUGUUACUAAACCAGGUGUGGUUGCUAUUGUUGGUACUGAUGGUAAUAAAGAUUGUUUUGUUAUUUUAAGAGGUGGUAAGAAGGGUACAAAUUAUGAUGAAAAAUCAGUUAAUGAAACUCAAGAAGAAUUAAUUAAAGCAAAAGUUGUAAGUGAUCAACAACCAGGUCCAAGAAUUAUGGUUGAUUGUUCUCAUGGUAAUUCAAAUAAAGAUCAUAGAAAUCAACCAAAAGUUGCAGCUGAAGUUGCAAGACAAAUUGCUAAUGGAAGUAAAUCCAUUUGUGGUUUAAUGAUUGAAAGUAAUAUUGUAGAAGGAAGACAAGAUGUUCCACCAGAAGGUAAAAGUGGAUUGAAAUAUGGUUGUAGUAUUACUGAUGCUUGUAUUGGUUGGGAUAGUACUGAAGAAGUAUUGCAAGUGUUGGCUGAUGCCGUUAAAGCAAGAAGAGCAUUGUAA